CCGCCGCCUCGGGGGCGGCCCCGCGGGGAGCGUGCGGCCCCGCUGUCCGCCGCCAUCUUCCCGCGGGCGCCCGGCGCCGUGCCGCCCCGCCGCCAUGGCCAGCGUGUCGUACCACAUCUCCAACCUGCUGGAGAAGAUGACCUCCACCGACAAGGACUUCAGAUUUAUGGCCACCAAUGACCUGAUGAUGGAACUGCAAAAAGAUUCUAUAAAACUAGAUGAAGACAGUGAGAAAAAAGUGGUGAAAAUGCUUUUGAAAUUGCUGGAAGACAAAAAUGGGGAAGUACAGAACCUCGCUGUCAAGUGUCUGGGCCCGCUGGUUGGCAAAGUGAAGGAGUACCAGGUAGAAACCAUUGUGGAUACACUGUGCACAAACAUGUUAUCGGACAAGGAGCAGCUGCGGGACAUCUCCAGCAUUGGACUGAAAACAGUCAUCUCUGAGUUGCCACCAGCUUCUACAGGCUCUGCCAUGACAGCAAAUGUAUGCAAAAAGAUCACAGCCCAGCUGACGGGAGCUAUUGGCAAGCAGGAGGAUGUGUCUGUGCAGCUGGAGGCUCUUGACAUCCUGUCAGAUAUGUUGAGCAGGCUAGGGGGAACGCUCUACUCUUUCCAUUCUUCCAUCCUGAACUGCCUCCUUCCUCAGCUGACAAGCCCCAGGUUGGCAGUACGUAAAAGAGCCAUCAUCGCUUUGGGGCAUCUCGUCCUGACCUGCAGUGGGAACAUCUUCUCAGAGCUCACAGAGCAUCUUAUUGCUGAGCUGAAGAAGAAUGAGUCUACCUCAACUACCAGGACCUACAUUCAGUGCAUUGCUGGCAUCAGUAGGCAGGCUGGACACCGCAUAGGAGAACAUCUGGAGAAGAUAAUUCCUCUGAUUGUUCAGUACUGUAACGUGGAUGAUGAUGAGUUGAGAGAGUACUGCUUUCAGGCGUUUGAGUCUUUUGUGAGAAGGUGCCCAAAAGAAAUUGACCCUCACAUCCCAAAUGUGAUGAGUCUGUGUUUGAAGUACAUCACCUUUGACCCAAACUACAACUAUGACAAUGAGGAGGAGGAAGAGGAAGAGAGGAUGGAAACUGAAAAUGGAGAGGGUGAAGAGCAAGAAAGCGAUGAUGAGUACAGCGAUGAUGAUGACAUCAGCUGGAAAGUCCGCAGGGCUGCAGCAAAGUGCCUGGAGGCCGUUGUCAGCAGCAGGCAUGAUCUCCUUCAGGACUUCUACAAAACCCUUUCUCCAGUUUUGAUAAGCAGAUUUAAGGAGAGAGAGGAGAAUGUCAAAGCUGACAUCUUCAGUGCUUAUAUCUCCUUGCUGAAGCAAACGCUGCCCAUCCAGAGCUGGCUGCAUGCUUCAGAUGACUCUGGCAAAGAUGAUGUUUCCCUGACAAUGCUACAGAACCAGGUUCCCAACAUUGUCAAGGCCUUGCACAAGCAGCUCAAAGACAAAAGCAUCAAGUCAAGACAGGGUUGUUUCAGCCUCCUGACGGAGCUGGCCAAUGUUCUUCCUGGUUGCCUGGCAGAUCACAUCCCUGCACUAGUGCCUGGCAUUGUUUUCUCCUUGGCCGAUAAAUCCAGCUCCUCCAACAUGAGAAUUGACGCACUGUCUUUCCUUCACGUCCUUCUUUGCAACCACCAGCCAGAGGCGUUUCAUCCUCAUAUCAAAAGCCUGUUACCUCCAGUCGUGGCCUGUAUUGGAGACCCCUUCUAUAAGAUCACGUCAGAAGCUCUGCUGGUCGCUCAGCAGCUUGUGAAGGUUAUCAGGCCUUUGGACAAACCUUGCACUUUUGAUGCCAAGCCAUAUGUGAAGGACCUUUUCCCCAGUACUCUGAAACGAUUGAAGGCAGCUGACAUUGACCAGGAAGUAAAAGAGCGUGCUAUCUCCUGUAUGGGACAAAUCAUUUACAAUCUGGGAGACCACUUAAGCGCUGAUCUGCAGCCAACCUUGAAGAUAUUUCUGGAGAGGCUCAAAAAUGAAAUCACCCGACUGACAACAGUUAAAGCGUUGACUCUCAUUGCCAGUUCUCCACUUAAAAUAGACUUAAGACCUAUUCUAGGGGAAGGUUUCCCCAUUCUGGCUUCCUUCUUGAGAAAGAAUCAACGUGCCUUGAAAUUGAGCACUCUGGCCGCGCUGGAUAUUCUGGUGAAGAACUACAGUGACAGCCUUAAGCCUGCCAUGAUAGAGUCUGUUCUCACAGAGCUCCCUGCUUUAAUUAGUGAGAAUGACAUGCACGUUUCCCAGGUGGCGAUCACGUUCCUUACUACUUUAGCUAAGGGCUAUCCGUCCUGCGUCUCCAAGAUCACUGGUUCCGUUCUUGCUGAAAUCUUUCAGCUUGUCCACUCGCCUUUGCUUCAAGGAGGGGCUCUGAACGCUAUCAUAGACUUCUUCCAGGCUCUGGUUCUGACAAAAGCAGCCACUGUGGGCUACUCGGAGCUGAUGAAGCAGCUGACUGCACCUGUUUACUCCUCAGGUUCAUCUGGGGAAUUGCCAGUGUUACACAAACAGGCGUAUUAUUCUGCUGCAAAGUGCGUGGCAGCCCUUUCCUCAGCCUGCCCCAAAGAAGCCCCUGGGACAGUGAACCAGUUUAUCCAGGAUGUAAAAAGCCCCAAAUGCAGCUCUGCUGUAAAGGUGCUGGCCUUCCUUUCGCUGGCAGAGAUGGGGCGCACCACGAACCUUACGAGUGCUCAGAAGGAGCUCAAAGCUGUCAUCCUGCAAGCAUUCACUUCCCCCAGCGAAGAGGUGAAAUCUGCUGCUUCCUAUGCACUGGGGAACAUCAGUGUUGGAAAUCUUAAGGAGUAUCUUCCCUUCAUGCUGAAAGAGAUUGAAAGCCAGCCCAAGAGACAGUACCUGCUGCUGCACUCUUUAAAAGAAGUCAUUAGCUCUUCCCCAGCUGACGGCCUCAAGCCUUAUGUGGAGGAUAUUUGGGCUCUGCUUUUUAAGCACUGCGAGUGCUCAGAAGAAGGGACACGCAACGUGGUGGCUGAAUGCCUGGGGAAGCUGACUCUGGUGAAUCCUUCUGAGCUGCUGCCUCGGCUGAAAAAACAGCUGUCAUCAGGCUCUCCACAUGCUCGGAGUACAGUGGUCACUGCAGUCAAAUUCACAAUUGCAGACCAUCCUCAACCUAUUGAUGCUCUCCUGAAAGGCUGCAUUGGUAACUUCUUAAAAACUCUUCAGGAUUCAGACCUGAAUGUUCGACGUGUGGCUUUAGCCAUGUUUAAUUCUGCUGCUCACAACAAACCUUCUUUAAUCCGGGACUUGCUAAAUGCAGUUCUCCCCAGUUUAUAUAAUGAAACAAAGGUCAGAAGAGAACUCAUCCGAGAGGUAGAAAUGGGGCCUUUCAAACACACAGUGGAUGAUGGCCUUGACGUGAGGAAAGCUGCUUUUGAAUGCAUGUACACGCUGCUGGAAAGCUGUCUUGACCGGCUGGAUAUCUAUGAGUACCUGAACCAUGUGGAGGAUGGACUGAAGGAUCACUAUGAUAUUCAGAUGCUGACUUUCAUAAUGCUGGCUCGGCUGUCUGCGCUCUGUCCUAAUGCAGUCCUGCAGAGGCUCGAGCGACUGAUCGAACCGCUCCGGGCAACCUGCUCCACCAAGGUAAAAGCUGGUUCAGUGAAGCAGGAGUUUGAAAAGCAGGAUGAAUUGAAGCGAUCAGCAAUGAGAGCAGUAGCUGCUCUCCUGACCAUCCCUGAAGCAGAGAAAAGCCCAGCGAUGGCUGAAUUUUCUUCUCAAAUCAGAUCCAGUCCUGAAAUGGCGUCGCUUUUUGAAAGUAUUCAGAAAGAUACUGCUGCUCUGCCCACUACAGAGUCGAUGGACAUGAGCUAAGGCUGUGCCCACGUGCUCCAUCGCCUGCCUCACCGUGCAUGAACCAACAGAUACGUCACAGGUGGGCCGAGUGAGAAUGUCAUCAAGCUGGUCUCUGGUGCAGCAGCUGCUUGGGAGUCAGUGGGUGCCAGCAGGAGCAAUAGCUGCUUCUGGCUGCUCUCGUGGGCGCCAGGGAUCUCGCUGCAUUUUAACAUGAUAUGUGAGAUCAAGGAAAGUGUCGCUCCUGUGCAGGGAGGAGAGUAGACGUGGAUGCUAAGUUUCAGCAAGCCUUUAAGGGGUAUGUCAAGCAAUCUGAAUUUAGCAUGAUGCCAUGAAAAAUGGAAACCACUCCCUGGAGUAUUUCCCUACUGAAGUACAAAGAGAAAUAGUUUAAAAGUUUGGAUUUUUUUUUAACCACUGCACAUGCACUUUUUACUCCAAAUUGCCUGAAGGAUGUAUUUGUAUUGUUUCACUAAAUAACAUGGCUAAAAUCUGUGUGUCUUUAGGUAGUGAUGUACACCAUAAGCAUAGGACCUUUGUCAGAAAGAGGAAGGAGACUUGCAUGAGCAAAGCUGCCCAAGCUGCAGCUGGAUUGUUCUUACCCAGACAGCCCAGCCUUUCUCCAGGGCUAGUUUCAUAGGACGUGUGCUCGUUGGCUAUUUCCAGUGUUUCAGCAAUACCUUUUUUCCUAGCUUUUUCCUGCAAAAUACCUCACUAGGCUGCCUUCCAAAAGAGACAAUGGGAUUGUAGUACAAUACAAUUCAUCUACCAAGCUUUCCUUUGCAUUAAGCAGUGGCCUGUCUUCCCACCUGGAGCAGCUCAGUGUUUGUAUUGAGUGACCACCACCACAGCACCAAUCUGCUCCGAAUUCUGGUCACUGAAUUGCACAGCAGCACGUACUUGGAGGGAAGCUCAUAUUGAGUGCUCCACUAUCACAGGUGAAUCUCAGUAGCCAGAGCUGAUGAAACAUACAGUCCACAGUAACUCUUCUGUCAUUUAAAACCUCUAAAGCAGGUGUUUUGUUCAAAUACUGCUUUGCAUGGGGGAAGAAAAGCCUUAAGAGAAUAUGCAACAACAAAUUAAGGGCACCACAACACACUUCUUAUAGCCAUGGAGUUGUCCUAAGUUUUCAUUUCUCGUUUUUGACAAGAGUGGUUGAUGUGAAAAAUAUUUAUAGUGCAGUGUGAAAGAACAUCCACCCUGUUUGAGUGGCAUCUUAAAAUAAAAAAACGUACCUCCGAA